AUGACAGUUGGCCGUGGCGUAUUGCAAGGAGAUUGCCUCAGUCCUCUUCUUUUUAACAUGUGCUUCAAUACAUUCGUUCAGCAUUUCAAAGCUGAAAAAUACCGUCAAUUUGGGUUUUCCUUCAAAUUACUAAAUCCCAUCCACUGGUUCCAGUUUGCUGAUGACGCGGCUGUAAUUACUGGCCAAGAAUUCGAAAACCAACAUCUAUUAAAUCGAUUUUCUAUCUGGUGCCAAUGGUCCGAUAUGAUUAUCCGAGUUGACAAAUGCAAGACCAUUGGCAUUAAAAAAGCCAUCACAAAAUCAGUUCAGUACUUGCCAAAACUCCUCAUCGGCAAUCAACUAAUACCAAAAAUCCCUAUUGGAGAAUCAUUUCAAUAUUUAGGACGUUACUUUGAUUUUCACAUGUCGAAUGAUAAUCAUAAAACUGAACUAACCACCCUACUUAAUGAACUAAUGACUGAUAUUGACUCAAAGCCACUGCAUCCCAAAAAUAAACUGCUCCUCUACAGUCGCUACGUCUUGUCCAAGUUAGCCUGGCACUUCACCGUCGCAACACUCUCUAAAACAUGGGUUACUGAAAAUAUCGACUCUAUUGCCAACAAAUAUAUCCGCAGAUGGCUUGAUGUACCAAUAUCAGCAGCCCUAAGUACUGUCUUUCUAACAAAUAACAAAUUUGGCCUGAGUAUUUAUCCUCCAUCUGUAAAAUUUAUCCAGUGUCAAAGAAUCCUCCGAAAAGCUUUAAAAUCUUCUCCUAAUGAAUCAACUAACGACCUGUGGAAAACAACCAGUAACCAUACUAAUAUCCAAUAUGACGCUUAUAGCUCUGCUAAGGAAGUUCUCAAAGAUUUUCGUUCUGGACACGAAAACAAACUCCUGAACCAAUUAACCAGUCAAGGAUCCUUUUUCUGCAGCGUCACAAAGUUCGCUUUACCCCAGCUUAACAAGGUGUGGUCCAUCGCCCAAUCAAAGCUCCCGAAAAACAUUUGCAACUUUACCAUUCGUUACAUUAACAACUCUCUUCCGACGCGCAAAAACCUAAACAGAUGGGCAAUAUCUUCAAAUGCAGACUGUUCUUUUUGUCUAAGCCCUGAAACAUUACUACACAUAGUAGCUGGAUGUCUGUUUUAUCUCGACCGAUUUACGUGGAGACACAAUUCAGUCCUGAACGUUUUUGCUAAUACUUUACAAACUGUUGACGGUUCUACUCUCUACGAUGAUCUACAUGGAUUCAAAAGCCCUUCAAUACUUACUGGUGAUACGUAUCGCCCAGAUUUGUUAUUAUCGUGCUCAAAUGGUUCCUUAUAUGUGGUCGAACUCACCACUGGUUAUGAGACAAACCUGAAAAACAACGUAAAACGGAAGAAGGAUAAAUAUAGAGAAUUAUUGAGACAGCUAGGUAAAAAUUUUAACCAAGUUAAAUUCAUAAAUCUCUCUAUCAGCUCUUUAGGUAUUUUUGCAGAAGAAUGUUCUACAUUUUUAGACAUGUUAGAAAGUAUUGGUCUUGACAAAAACCACCAAAUGUACUACGUUAAGAAAAUGAUGACUAUUGCUAUUAGAACUACAUAUUACACUUUUUGCUGCCGAAAUAAAGAAUGGGAAAAUCCGGAUUUACUAACAAUUUGACUUAUCUGAUUGUAUAUAAUAUUGCAUGCACUUUGUUCUGUUAUUUUAGAUUAGUAUUGUGUGAUUCAAAUAGCCAACCGUAAGUUACCUUUAUGAGAGAGAUUUACGAUUGUAUAUGUAUGUAAAGAAAAACAUUAAAUAAAGUUUUCAUUAUUAUUAUUAUUAUUAUUAUUAUUAUUAUAAACAAUUCAAAAGUCAAAACCGUGAUCUUACUAUGACUUGGUAUCCGGGCAAACUAAACUCCUUAUUGUUCCACGAAAAGGAUGGAGACAUGUUUAAAGAAUUUCUGGUGAGUGUUUUGGAACAAACAAAGGUGCAUACAGACUGUGAACGUCAUGAACAAGAACAAUGCCAACACAAUAGAAAUCAUAAUUGGCUUAUUCAUAAUGAGAGCAGAAGCAAUUUACCUAAUACUAGGCGGAUGAUUCCAAUAUAAAUAUGCAAAAUCAAGAAAAUAGUGAAAAUUUACAUCUGGUCAAUAACAAAGAAAUUUUCUUUAUUGAGCGUUCUCUGACUUAAUAUUUAUUUCUACGAGCUUUCGGCUAUCAGUCUAUAGCCUUCGACGGGCGUAUACAAAUGAUUCUAUAAAGGACGCUAAAAUUAAGUAGGUGGUAUGAAAUCUGAGACUAUCUAUGCUAUGUUACAAAUUUCUAAUAUGAAUAUUUAACUAAUUAAUGUUUCUUGAGUUCCUUUCUUAAAAGUUAGUAUUGUGUCAGUGGCGUGCUGGAUACUAUUUUUCUGGGGGGGCCAGUGGGCUAUCAACCAAUAUGCGCCCCUAUAAUGUGACGCUUGAUAAACGAGGGCCGAAGGCACGAGCCGAGCGCCGCAGGUGCGAGGUGUUCCUAGGGGGAUCCGGGGGCAUGCCCCCCGGAAAAUUUUUAAAUUUAGAGUGUCUGAAAUGCCAUUUCCUGGACUUUGGGGGGAAGAUUUGACGGAAAUCUGAUGGUCAGAAAACGAGAUUAUAACGAGUCGAAAUUUGCAAUUUGGUUAGAAUUUCCGUAGAGGAACUUAAAUUGGUACGGUAUCAGUUUUACUAUAAAUCUUUAUUUUAGAUUAAUUGUGGAGGAAUAAAGUCACUCGUUGAGUAUAUUUGUAUAAAAUAUUUUGACUUAUAAUAAACGCCGAUCUCACUAAUAACUUGUAAUGUUUUACUAAAACGGUGUACUUGCACUUUAUUCAUACGAAGCUGUCAUGUUUUUUGUCAAAACAUACAAAAAGAGUUUUAAAAUGCUAUACAGUAUAUCACUUGAUAGUUAGUAUUUUUCACGUGUUGUAUCGAAUGUUGAUAACGUCAAGUAUUGUCCAUAUCGAUCGAUCGAUGUUCUCCAAUGUCUUUAAUGUUUCAAUAACCAUUGUCGAUUUCUAUAGCAUUUCUAAACAUUUUCAUAUAAGCGCCUUCGACAAUUCUGAUGUCAGAUCUCCAAGGCGGUAAUAAUCUGCUCCUUUUUCAAAGACAUUAAAAUCUUCCGUUCAGUGCCGGUCAUAAGUAGCAAUGCUUCAAGUUUUUCUUGAGAUAAAGACGAACGUGUGCGAAUUUGAUUGGAAUUGCAACUGCAAUCGCGUAAACUUUACAAAGAGUUGGAAAUACAUCAACUAGGUGGUAAUCAGGAUUCGACAAAAUUCUCAGAGCUUCGAGAAAUCAUUGUUUAUCCUUGUCCUUUGGUUCUUCAGCAGUUCCGUCGUCGCUUGACUCGCUGUCGGUUUCUUCUUUGUAGUCUUCGGUUUCAGAUUCAGAACCGGAGUCUAGAUCAGAAUCUUUCUCUUCUUCUUUCGGUCUUCAUGAAAAAUCACUGAACACUUCGAUUUUUGAAAAGAUUCUGCAAAGUUGAGCAGUUCAUCUGCACAUCGGUGCGAGUCGAUGUCAGUGGUACACCAUGCCGUUUAAGGUUUCCUUGCCUGGCUGCCAAAAGGGCGCGCGUUUCAGCAUUAUCUUACUACUUACAUUACUCGAUGAGUUACGAUGUUUCUUGUUCAAACAACUAAAUUGCGUACACAACUUUACAUUAUCAUAACUAUCUAAUUUGCGCCGCUCUCGUGAUUCGUGAAGCAAUAUAAAGGCAUAAUAUAAGGGCAUAAUACAAGCAAAAAAAGGGCAUAAUUCCCGUGAUCGCUUCGAAACCUGGCCAAUAUUCCGGUAAUGCGACAUUGCGUGUGAUCACUGAUCAUGUUUCUAUAUGAACGAUUUCGUGUGAGGUAGCAAUACUGGCUGGUUAGACAAAAUAGUCUGUAAUUUAAUAUAUCACUUUGUCGCCUAUGCGCUCAGUCUGUUUAUAAGCCUAUAACACAUUUUUUCUUGGUGGAAGUAACUAUAGUUUUUCAAAUGCGUUUUUUUCCCACCCACUUUCAAAAUUGGGCGCAGGAUCGGCGCACCCUUUUCAUUUUUGCGCCCCCCCAAAAAUUGCCAGCUGGGGGGGGACCUGGCCCCCCGGCCUCCCCUGCCAGCACGCCACUGUAUUGUGUACUGUGCUGGAAGCGUAUUAGAGUUAUUAUCAGCUUUGUUUGUUAGUGCAGUGUGCCAGGACUCUAAGGUUUUAAGGUUUCUAUGAUUUCCCUUGUCUAUCACUUUAGCAUUGGCAAAGUCAAUUACAUGAUCUUGAGUCCAUGCGUGUUUUGCAACAUUCGAUUCCUUCUUGCUGUGUUUUACAUUCAUUCCAUAAUAAAAAAGACUAACAUAUCAUCUUUUCAUGAUACACUAAACUCCAUUGACCCACACAUUAACUUCACUAUUGAAAACGAAAAGGACGGAAAGAUCGCUUUCCUUGACACGUUAAUUUCUAGAAGGGACGGCUUAUUUCUAUUGACGUUUACCGCAAACCCACUCACACAGACCGUUACCUAAACUACUUAUCACACCACGACCAAAAACAUAAAAUUAGUACUGCAACAACACUUAUCAACCGAUCCUUGUCACUUCCUACCACUGAUGAAAGCAAAGAAAGACAACUGAAUCACGUAACCACAUUUCUGGCAUCAAAUGGCUAUCCAAAGAAACUAAUUUCAGGAUUGAUCAAAAAACGUAAGAACAAAACUGUAGUAAGCCCUGAAGAGUUAGUCUAUCAUUUUUCGAAUUAGUCGAAGGAAAGACACCACCUGCAGGAAUUGUGGUUCUACCUUACAUCAAAGGACUAACUGAAUCCCUAGCCAGAACACUGCAAAAACAUGACAUCAGAGUUUACAAUAAGCCCGUGAAAACCCUCGAACGCCAGUUCCCAUCUGCAAAACAGAAACCACCAAUUGAAGAGCAAAAGAACGUGGUCUACCAAAUACCAUGUCAAGAUUGUAGUUGGAGUUACAUAGGCGAAACAGGAAGAUCCCUGAACACGAGAAAGUCUGAACAUGUAAGGAAUGUAAAACACAGCAAGAAGGGAUCGAAUGUUGCAAAACACGCAUGGACUCAAGAUCAUGUAAUUGACUUUGCCAAUGCUAAAGUAAUAGACAAGGGAAAUCAUAGAAACCUUAAAAACCUUAGAGUCCUGGCACACUGCACUAACAAACAAAGCUGAUAAUAACUCUAAUAUGCUUCCGGCACAGUACACAAUACUUUUAAGAAAGGAACUCAAGAAACAUUAAUUAGUUAAAUAUUCAUAUUACCGAUUUGUAACAUAGCAUAGAUAGUCUCAGAUUUCAUACCACCUACUUAAUUUUAGCGUCUUUUAUAGAAUCAUUUGUAUACACCCGUCGAAGGCUAUAGACUGAUAGCCUUCGACGUAACUUCGAUAAUUUGAUGCGAAACUUCCGAAUUUGAUCGGCCGGUUUCCAAUCAACAUGGUGAUUUCGUGUUUAUAGUUCCCAAAUUCCCAACCAACCUCGCAACUGGCGCGGCCAAAGUUUCGUUAAAUCAACUGUAGGAGCUCUGAGGUAUUGAAACAACAUGAUUUCAUGAAUUUACGGGCAGUUUAAUAAUAGCCCACCCGAUCUAUUCGUCAAUAAUGCCUUAUUUAUACAAGGAGUCAAAAUGUACAGUAUGUACUUUAAAGUUUUAUUAAUUUGUUUGUUAUGUGCCAAGCCAACCAAGACGAUGAGUUUAUAUAGUGUUCAUUUUCUAGAUAUUUAUAGUUUAAAAACAAACGCAGAAUGUUGUUAAACCAGACUUAGAAAUUCGUCCUUUUUCGCCUUUUUACACGCGAAUUCGUCCUGUUAGGGGGUCUCAAAUUCGUCCGGUUCCGUUGUUCUCGUGUGUUUACACGGCCGAAACGGACGAAUUUUCGUCCGGUCACAAAUUCGUCCGGUACCGUGUAAACGUGGUCUUACUGUAAUAAGAUUCCUAGAGCAACCCAGUGUGGAUUGUUGUCUGGACAUAUUGUCCAUUGACUAAUUACCAGCAAUUACAUGUAAUAGACUAAAUAGUAUGUCAACUGAUUAAUUUGUAUAUAAAGGCCUCUGAGAUAUGUCCAUUGUUAGCACAAUAUAAAAUAAUCCUACCGGCAUAUAUUCAUAUAUUUAUCUGGCUGUGUUACUACAUUUCAGAGUAUACUGUAUUUUUUUAUAGUUCUAUUAAUAUAGUUCUGCAGUUCUGACUGAGUACAAUCUUAAUCAUUACAAUGAAUGGUGUCAUUUGAAGCUGACAUAUUAAUCGGUUGUUCUGUGAUAUGGGCAGCCUUGAAGGUGGCGUUAAAACAAUAAUUUGAACAAUACCCGACUUAGUAUUUUUAUAUAAACAUUGUACAGUAUUCAGUGACAAGCUAGCUAUGGCAACUGGCUAUGCAAUGCUAUCAACCUGCAUCUAUUUGAAUAAUGCAAAUCAUUAAAAACUUGCAUAGCAUUACUUGUUGCUAUGGCUAGCUUCACCACUGACAGUAUUAUAAUUAUACAUACAAAAGCAAGAAGUUAUAAGCAUUGAAGAUAUCCAUAUAAAACUGCCCGUGCUAAGAAAGUACAAUGCGAACAUUUAGCCGACCCUUGACUUUUUGCAAGGUGUUUCAGGAUAUUCAAAUUGAACUUUUCCUACCUCCUGAACAGGCGUCUUAGGGGCAGUUCGCAUGAUGUAAGCAGGACGAUUUUGAUGUAAAUAUUGAAGUAUUAAUCACCAGGUAAAUGAAAGUUCAAAUGCUGGUUAACUGAUCCCAAAUGUUCUAUCGCUGCCAAACUUUACUAGCCCUUAUGGUUAUUUUAGGUAGCGUGUACUCUUUAACUUAAUAAUAUUACUUGUUGUUGUUGUUGUUGUUGUUGUUGUUGUUGUUGUUGUUGUUGUUGUUGUUGUUGUUGUUGUUGUUGUUGUUGUUGUUGUUGUUGUUGUUGUUGUUGUUGAGAAGAUCUUGUGGUUCAAGAAGGUUAUUAUGCUUGAACAACCUUUCAUUUACAGUUAAUUAUUAUCCAUCUCUAGAAAAUAAUACCGUGACUUAUUUCAACACAUCGAAUUCGAAAUCAUCCUGCCCCAUACAGCUAUUUUCAAUUAAGGUUAUCCCCCGAGCAAAGCGGAAAAGUCGAAUACGAGCGCGAAAGGCUGUUGGGAAUCGCUAAUAAAUGAAUGAAUUUAUUAGCGAUUCCCAGCAGCCUUUCGCGCUCGUAUUCGACUUUUUCGCUUUGCUCGGACAACCUUAAUUGAAAUAACUGUAUACUUCCUGGCAAAGCGGGAUCAUAUAAACAGACCCUUAUUCAGCAAAUUGCACAUUGGAUGAAUCGGCUGAUGGGUUUUAGGCGGAAUGAUGAUGGGUUCUAUCUACGUGAUUAAAUUAUAAAACGCAACAUCAAACUCUUCUUUAUUUAAUUUAUUUAUUGAACGUUCGGUGACCAAAUAUUUAUUUCUACAAGCUUUCGUCUAUCAGUCUAUAGUCUUCGACUGGUGUAUACAAAUGAUUCUAUAAAGGACGCUAAACUUAAAUAGGUGGUAUGAAAUAUGGGACUAUCUAUGCUAUGUUACAAAUGAGGAAUAUAAAUAUUUAAUUAAUGUUUCUUGAGUUCCUUUCUUGAAUGGAAUGUCGCGAAACACGCAUGGACUCAAGAUCAUAUAAUUGACUUUGCCAAUGCUAAAGUAAUAGACAAGGGAAAUCAUAGGAACCUUAAAACCUUAGAGUCCUGGUACACUGCACUAACAGACGAAGCUGCUAAUAACUCUAAUACGCUUCCAGCACAAUACACAAUACUUUUAAGAAAGGAACUCAACAAACAUUAAUUAAAUAUUUAUAUUCCUCAUUUGUAACAUAGCAUAGAUAGUCUCAUAUUUCAUACCACCUAUUUAAGUUUAGCGUCCUUUAUAGAAUCAUUUGUAUACAUCUGUCGAAGGCUAUAGACUGAUAGCCUAAAGCUCGUAGAAUUAAAUAUUUAGUCAGAGAACGUUCAAUAAAUAAAUUAUGUUUCAACCUGGCUACGCAUCCUCUAUUUUUUCUUCUUUAUUUGUGUAUCAUUUCUAUUUACAGAAAUUGCUGAUCUACAAAUAAGACUGAAUGGUUCAGGUAACAAUAUCAGUGGACGAGUGGAGAUCUUCCAUCCAAACUUCGGCUGGGGUACAGUCUGUGAUGAUUCCUGGGAUAUUACCGACAGUGAUGUUGUCUGCCGUCAGCUGGGUUUCACUGGAGCGAAUGCGGAAAGAGAUCGAGCUUAUUAUGGUGAAGGAAGUGGUCCUAUCUUGCUUGGUGAUAUUGGAUGCAAUGGUAAGGAAUCAUACAUUUGGGAUUGCUCUCAUAGUGGAUGGAAUAAACACAACUGUAGACAUUCGAAAGAUGCAGGUGUGGAAUGUUUGUGCAAGAAAGGUUACACUUUUGAUGGAGCGAGAUGUGUUGGUAUGUAUCCUCUCAUGUAUCUAGCAUUUAAAAAACAUCUGUACGUCUCUCACCGCAAAAAUAUCAUAAUUAUGAUUUUCUUAUUUCAUCAUGAUUUAUUUCGGGUAAAUCAGACGUUCCCGUUCUCUAAUUGCUCAUUUUAUGACGUUUUGAAGAUAGUUUUAGUUCCAGUACAUGCAAUGCAUGCAGCAAAUAUUCGCUCUAAUACAAGUGACUAACUUAUUGAUUAUUUUCACAUCAUUUCCAACAUUGGAAUUUAGAUCAGAAUUAUUAUCCUCGUUUUUUCCAACUGAGAAUGUAUACAAUCUUGCGUCGGCUGGGUGUAGUCUGAAUUACCGAAGUUUCUGUUGAGUGUAGAUGCUUGUUUCCACUUUGUUUAGACAAUAAACGAUCAUUCAAGAGAAGGUAGGUCGAAAACUGAUUAUAAGCUGCUCGUUCGCAGAACUUUGUGGCAAUAAUGAUAUAGGUCUAUUAUUAUUUGCGAUCUCAUGAUCACCACUCUUGUGGAUAGGAACAACUUCGGCGUUUUUCCAUACGCUCGGAAAACUAGAGGUUAAUAGUGAAGCAUUGAUAAUUGAAGUGAUGGUAGGUGAAAUUACAGUCAAGCAAGUUUUGAUUACAUGUAUCGGAACUUUAUCGUUCCCAGGAGCUUUGUUUGGUGCCAUUGACAUAAUAAUAGAUUCAACUUCUUCACGUUCAACAGCGGAAAAGGAAAAUUGUUCACAUGGUUUAAAAGGGUUUUCAUUUAUGUCAUAAUUUUCAUCAGCGGCCUUUUUUUCAAUUUUUAACCGUAUUUUGACCAGUACUGGCAAAUAACUCAUAAAUUCAUCAGCAAUAGUUUUAUGAUCUUUACUAUAGACUGUAUGAGUGGCUGAUUUUUUCGGUAUACACGAUUGCAUAGAUUUCCAUAUGGAGUUGGUAUUGUUUCUGUUACUUUUAAUCUGUUUUCUUACAUAUUCUCUCUCCGAAAAUCUUAUACGUCGCUUUACCUCUCGCCUGAAAUUUUUAAAGGCCGACCAUGCAAAAGGGUCGUUUGUUUUCCUUGCCGUUUUCUUCCACUCAUCCCUGGUUUUCAUGAGUUCUCUGAUUUCUUCUGUUACACAACAAUUCGGUUUUCCUUUAAGUUCUAUAGUUUUCAUUGGGGCAUGUUUAUCUAGAAUAUUAUUGAACAACGAGUUGAAAGCAUACAAUUUGUCUUCGGCAUCAUCGAAAACGUCUGUGAUAGACCAUGGUGCUUGUAAUAUAUCAGCGCAAAAUUCACUGACUCUUGUUGUAGCUUUUGAAGCUCCUUGUUGUGAUAUAUACUGGCUUAGAGCGCUCUUUCUUCAAUCUUAGGACUGCGUAAACUAAAUCAUGGUCGCUUAUGGAGCAAUGUAACACCUUAGUUUGCUAGAAUAACAUUAAUUAACGACUCUGAGUUUUGAGUUACGCGGGUUGGAGAUUUAAUCAUCUGAGUCAGGUUAAAACAACUGCAAAAGUUAAUAAAUACAGACGAAUUUAAGCAUGAUAGGUUUACCCAAUAGGGAGGCUGUAAUGAAACUCGGAAUCCUGUCAGUAUCAAAACAGUUUGCAUGAACAUCAAUCAGGGGGUUUAUAUAUAGUGCAAAUUACGAUAGACUUUGAAUUUCUGACUUGAACCUUUAUCCAAAGUUGAUGCAAUUCACUGCCUGAAAUGGUUGAAAUAUCUCGGAGAAACUCGGUUUUAUAAGUGUUCAAAACAUAAACACAUACUCCACAGCCGUCUUUGUUGUUUCUAUCAACACGAAAUAUUUUGUAUCCAGGGAUUCAAGCUCCAAGUUGGUCACAGAGUUGUUUUAACCAAGUUUCGGAUAUAGUGAAAACGUCAAAUUUAUUCUUCAAAACGGUCUCUUUAAAAUUUAAUAAAGUGUUCCCUAUUCUUGAAUUUUCACGUUGUUUUCCUUUUCAUUACGAGUUUGUACUGUGAAGUUGGUUGGUCCUGGUUUCGGGUUAAUGUCUCCGCUGACACAUAUGCGACUAUGUUGAAAAGUUGACGAUGAACUGGGGUAACGACUUAUCUUUGAUUUAAAGUAAACUUUCAGUUUAUAAAAACGGUCACGUCCAAUACCGAUGGUUGCGAAGGCAGUGGUGUUGAGAAGGCGUAGCUUUUCAGUGUGAACUGUUGUUGUUGUUGUUGAGAAGAUCUUGUGGUUCAAGGAGGUUAUUAUGCUUGAACAACCUUUCAUUUACAGUUAAUUAUAAUCCAUCUCUAGAAAAUAAUACCGUAACUUAUUUCAACACAUCGAAUUCGAAAUCAUCCUGCCCCAUACAGCUAUUUUCAAUUAAGGUUGUCCCCCGAGCAAAGCGGAAAAGUCGAAUACGAGCGCGAAAGGCUGUUGGGAAUCGCUAAUAAAUGAAUGAAUUUAUUAGCGAUUCCCAGCAGCCUUUCGCGCUCGUAUUCGACUUUUCCGCUUUGCUCGGACAACCUUAAUUGAAAUAACUGUAUACUUCCUGGCAAAGCGGGAUCAUUCUUGAAAGGAACUGAAUAAUGAAGGUGACAUGGGACAAUUGAAAUAUUUCAUCACUUAUUAUAAUAGCAGAUAAGAUAAAAUAGCAGAUAAGAUAUAAACAGGGCUGUACACAGCGGAAGGGCGGCAGGGCAAGUGCUCCCCACCCCCCACCCCCACGCCCGCACCGAGAAAAUUUAACCAACUUUAUAAUGUGAUUAUGAUUGUAACAGAUAGUUAUGCAGUCAGGAAAUAAAAAUUUUAUACAAACAAUAUUCAAAGUGUCUAUACAGCCGGCUAUUUAGUAAACUGUCACCUGUUAAUUCAAUCCAUACUCAUCAAAUUUUCAAAAAAUUUUAUUGUAAUCAUAUGAAGCAAAUGUUAUGUCACUUGUCCUGACAAUGCUGAGAUUAGCAUUCGACCUAACCACGGCAAUUACCAUAAUGAUCAAAGCGUUAUUGCCCAUGAUCAAAGCAUUGGCGGCCACAAUCAAAGCGUUGGCGGCCAUAACAAUAAUAAUGACAAGGCUAAACCUAAGAAAAAAGUAAAUGUCAUAGCUGGAGAUUCUAUUGUAAAAAACUUGCAAGGCUGGAGAUUAUCUGACACCAACAACCAUGUAGUGGUCAAGAGCUUUGCGGGUGCUACUAUUGAUGAUAUGGAAGACUAUUUGAAGCCUAUUAUCCGUAAAGAAUCAGAAUCAAUAGUACUCCAUGUAGGCACUAACGAUUUAAUGAACUUGUCACCCAAGCAAGUUGCCGAAGGCAUUGGAAACCUAGGUUCCCAGAUAAACGAAGAAUCUCGUAAUACUAACAUUGUAAUAUCUACAAUCCUGGACAAAAUAUAUGGCAAAAAAGUCAUUCUAUUUCCCUUCCCCCAAUAUCAAUGUUGUUUGCGCCAAUACACCUGUUUUUCCCUGAAGAUUUAACCGAAAAUAGCAACAUUGAUAUAGGGGGAGGGACGAGAGUGCCUAAGAUUUGAUAUAAAGUAGACAUCUACCUAUAUGACGGGAAAUAAGACAACAGAACAAGAAAGAAUAAGAUUAAAUAAGUUUUGCCAAAAUAUUUUGUCCAAGAUUGUAUUUUUUCUUAUUAGCCAUCGACGUCUGAAAAUGUUCAAACAAUUCCACCGAUGACACUCGCGCAUGCGGUAUGUUGAUGUGCGGUUAAAAGAUUAAGUAUUAUGACGCAAGAAAUAAACAAUUGUAAUUCCGCACUGUAUUUAAAUAAGAAUUUGGACGCAAAUAAUAGAUUAUUUAAAAUUUUUAUGGAGGUUUUGCUGUACAUAUUCCAAGGUGUUGUCGUCGGUCAUGAACGAUGAGGUUUAUAAAAUAUACUAUUUAGCAUUCGAACGUAUCGUUUGAUUGUAUUAAACAUUUAUAAAUUAUGUAGAUACAAGAUAGUAUAAAACGUCUAACCAACAUCAUUAUAUUGUUCGCCAUUCUUGUUGUUUGACAUAAAAUAUUAAAUGCAAAACAUACCUUCAUAUUAUGAUUUCGUUUUUGUAGUCUCUUAUAAUCACAACAACAGGAUAAUUUUCAGGAUGUAAACUUCCUACAAGCCGUGUAUUAAAAUGCUCUGUAUAGUAAAAAUACUACAAACUAUAAUACAGAGGUAGAUUGAUUUGUUUUGAAAUUGACAACUUCCGGUACUGCGCGAUUUAAGCCUGGGUCCCAAAAAUCGAAAGGCGCGAAAUUCUGAAGCUGAUCGCUUUUCUCUUUAUUUAUCUUACCUGGUCAAGUCAUUCAAGUGUGUUUACCAUGGAAAAUAACGCUGUCGAAAGCGAUUUUGGUCAGGCGCUCGGUGAAAGACAAACUCGUCGUGUUUAUCUGAUCACUUAUUCCCAGGCAGAUUUGGGGAAAUAGCAAAUUGCCAGGCGUUUUCAGAUUGUAUUCUUGAGGCAUUUUCACAAUCACAAGGAAAUCAAAAGGAUAAUACGAACCAUCCAGAACACUGGUCAUGCUGCAUGGAGGAACAUAGAGAUGGGGGAAAGCAUUACCACUUGGCUAUCAAACUAAGUGCACCAAGGCGGUGGAAAGCCGUGAAAAAUUAUGUAAGCAAAAAGCAUGGAAUUGCCUUGCAUUUUUUCGACCAAUCAUGUGGUUACCAUGUCGCCUACAAAUACGUCUGCAAGAACAAGUCAUUCACCGACGUAUUACACAGCCCUGGCCACCCAAAUUUACAAGAAAUUGGCUCACCAAAAACCAAACGUGCUUUCACACAGUUUUCUGAUAACGCGACGAAAAGGAGAAUCUCAGCACCAACUAACAAUGAGAAAAUUAAGGAAAACCUACCAAGUUCUUCGAAACCCAAGAAGUUAUCCAACAUCGAUGUUUCUGAAUUUAUUGUCGCAAAUGAUAUUAGAAGCGAUAGUGAGAUAAUGGUCGUUGCAAAAACUCGUCAUUCUGAGGGCGAAAAGGAUUUGUACAAAUUUAUCAUAAACAAAUCUUCAAAGUCUCUAUCAGAACUCUUGGACAUGACUUGGAAAAUGAAUGACGCUUCCAAAAAUGUCCAAAGAGCGAAAGAAUCAAGAAUAUCAAUCCUUAGAACUCAUCUCGAAAGCGAAUGUUUACCUUUGUGCAACGGAGAGUGGUUGCUGUGUGCAAAACAAGUUCUACAUCAAAAUGGAAUUAAUUUAUAUUACUUUGCUUCAGCCUUGCGUCAGCUUCUUGAGAGGGGAAGACAGAAGCGAUUGAACGUUUUGCUCAUUGGUCCCACGAAUUGUGGAAAGUCAUUUCUUCUCAAUCCUCUGGAGUUAAUAUACAAAACGUUCAUAAAUCCUGCUACGGGAAAGUAUGCUUGGGUUGGAUUAGAGGAAUGUGAGGUCGCAUACUUGAAUGAUUUUCGAUGGUCACCAGAAUUGAUCGAGUGGAGUGACUUUUUGUUGCUACUGGAAGGGCAGACAGUUCAUCUUCCAAGGCCAAAGAAUAUGUUUGCCACUGAUUUGUGUAUUCCACGAGAAAACACCAUCCCAAUAUUCGCUACCAGUAAGUGGCCGAUUGAGUUUUGGGGGAAAUAUAAUAGCCGUGACGAGCGUGAGAAUGAUAUGAUGUCCUCCAGAUGGAAUAUAUUUAAGUUUAGCGUCCAAAUUCCGUCAAAUGAAA